AUGCUCACAACAAAUGUGGAUAUUAGCGAUCGACUAAUUAAUGGCCAGUUAGAUACAGUAAUAAGAGUUUCUGUUGACAAUGUUAGUAAUAAACCUUCUACAGUUUUUGUUAAGUUUGAUGACUGUGAUGCUGGAAUAUCUGCCAUCCGAAAUUCGUCCAGUAGUUUUGCAAGAGAAAACAAUCUUGUUCCUAUCAAACCUGUAUUGGCGAGAAUUAAAGUCAGACCAGGAAAACCAUCAUCUCCUGAAAUGCAAAGAUUACAAUUUCCUGUAACUCUCGCAUGGGCAUGCACUGUUCAUAAAGUACAAGGAUUAACUCUGGAUAACAUUGUCAUCAGUUUUGAUUUAAAAAAGCAAAGGUAUUUUAACUAUGGUCCGGUAUAUGUAGCACUUAGUCGAGCAACAUCUUUAAAUGGCCUGCAUAUUUUAGGAAAACUUGAAAGUAAACAUAUUCCAGCUAAUCCUAAAGUCCAGGAAGAAUAUGAGAGAUUGCGUGAAACUUCGAGUCUCCACUCGCAUAUUACAACAGCCUGGAAUCACUUUUAA